CUCAUUUGCAGAGACAACCAUGGCAGCCAAGCCCUUCUUCUUCUUCUUCCUCUCUCUCCUACCUUUGCUUAUCUCUGCUUCAAACCCAGACUCCGCGCCGCUCUUAGCCUUCAAGGCCACGUCGGACGCCUCCAACCUUCUCGCCACGUGGAACUCCACCUCCGACUCCUGCAACUUCGCCGGAGUCUCCUGCACCCGCAACCGCGUCUCCCGCCUCGUCCUCGAAGGCCUCGACCUCCGCGGCUCCUUCGCCGCGUUAACCGGGCUGACUCAGCUCCGAGUUCUCAGCCUGAAGCGUAACCGUCUCUCCGGGCCCAUUCCCGACCUCUCUAACCUCACCUCCCUCAAGCUCCUCUUCCUCUCCUACAACGACUUCUCCGGCGUGUUUCCCGCCUCCCUGACGUCACUCUUCCGCCUUUACCGCCUCGAUCUGGCGUACAACAACUUGACCGGUGAUAUUCCCGACGAGGUCAACCAUUUGACUCACCUCCUCACUCUCCGCCUCGAAGCCAACCGAUUCUCCGGCUCGAUUUCCGGCCUCAACCUCCCGAAUCUCCAGGAGUUCAACGUCUCGGCGAACCGUCUCUACGGCGAGAUUCCCAAGUCGUUCUCUAUCUUCUCUGAGUCCGCAUUUGCCGAAAACCCGGGUCUCUGCGGUGCUCCGGUUCACAGCUGUAAAAACGUAACCGACCCGACCCGACCCGGAUCCGGUGGAGCUAUUGCCUCUCCUGUAAUGCCAGCCGGCAGCCCAACCGUAGUAGCGUCCUCUCCGACUUCAUUGCCUUCAAGCUCUACCUCCGUGAAUUCAGGAAAGUCCACGUCACACCACAACGGCGGCCGGAAGAUUAGUCCGGCGGCUCUUAUCGGCAUCAUAGUAGGCGAUGUCUUGGUGCUUCUUUUGGUGUCUUUGUUCUUGUACUGCUACUUCUGGCGGAACUUCUCGGCCAAAAUGCGGCAGGGAAAGAGCAGCUCGAAGCUUAUGGAGACGGAGAAGAUAGUCUACUCGUCGAGCCCCUACUCCGCCCAGCCCACAUUCGAGAGGGGGCAGAUGGUGUUUUUCGAGGGAGUGAGGCGUUUCGAGCUGGAGGACUUGCUGAGAGCCUCGGCGGAGAUGCUGGGGAAAGGUGGCUUCGGGACGGCGUACAAGGCUGUUUUGGAUGAUGGUAAUGUGGUGGCGGUGAAGCGGCUCAAGGAUGCUCAAAUCGGUGGGAAGACGCAGUUCGAGCAGCACAUGGCGGUGCUGGGAAGGCUUAGCCAUCUUAACGUAGUGAGCUUGAGGGCUUAUUAUUUCGCUAGGGAGGAGAAGCUGCUGGUGUAUGACUACAUGCCCAAUGGAAGCUUGUUUUGGCUCCUUCAUGGCAACAGAGGCCCUGGCAGAACCCCACUGGACUGGACCACCAGGCUGAAAAUUGCAGCCGGAGCUGCACGAGGUUUGGCCUUCAUUCACAGCUCCUGUGCUCCCCUUAAGCUCACUCACGGUAACAUCAAAUCAACUAACGUUCUUUUGGACAAGAACGGCAAUGCUCGUGUCUCCGACUUCGGACUCUCGGCAUUCUCGCCUUCCGCUUCCGCCACGUCGGCGCCGCGGUCGUGCGGGUACCGCGCUCCGGAGCUGGUGGACGGUAGGAAAGUGACGCAGAAGUCUGACGUGUAUGGUUUUGGUGUUCUUUUGCUGGAGAUGUUGACCGGGAAAUGCCCGUCUGCGGUGGUGGAUGGCGGGUCUGGCGGUGGCUAUGGGGGAUUGGUGGACCUGCCGAGGUGGGUUCAGUCUGUGGUGAGAGAGGAGUGGACUGCCGAGGUGUUUGACUUGGAGUUGAUGAGGUACAAGGACAUUGAGGAGGAGAUGGUGGGGCUUUUGCAGGUUGCAAUGGCUUGUACGACGGCUAUGCCUGAUCAGCGGCCAAAGAUGAGCCAGGUGGUGAAGAUGAUCGACGAGAUUCGCGGCGUGGCGGUGUCACCGCCUCAUGAGGCGCUUGAUUCCAUGACGGAGUCACCCGCAUUGUCGGAGGACACUUGCGGAGCAAGUCAGUGAUGACCAUUAACGAUGAUG